AACAGAGAGGGGAUGGACCCAGUGUCUGAGAAGAGGACUUAAGACACAGACGGAGAGAAAGUUCAGUGAAAAAUCCUACCAGAGAGACGGAGGGCACCGCAGAUUCAAAGACAGGUGAUCACCACCAGAGGAGCAACAAGUGCCUUUUUCUUAAGUUCUCAGCUUUUCUCUCCUGAACGGCGCUGACCAUGAGGAGUGUGCGCGUGUGGUUCUGCCUGGCUCUGCUGAUGCCUUGGUGUGUUCAGAGCCAGAUGAGCCAGCUCGACGAGGACGCACGAAGAGACGUCCUGGCCAUCGACUUCCUGAACCGCAAUGGCGUGUUGAACUCACUGCUCCGCUCAGAGCAUCGCCUGGUGCUGAGGCAGGCAAGAGCCCCGCGGCCGGCUUCCCGGGUGCCCAAGAGAGCCCAGCAGGGCUCCCGCUUUGCCCUUUCCCUGGAUGUCCCCACCAGCAUUCUCAGCGUGCUCAUAGACCUUGCCAAGAACCAGGACAUGAGGACCAAAGCAGCGGCCAAUGCAGAACUCAUGGCAAGAAUAGGCAAGAGGAAGUGAAAAGAGGCUGGAGGGGUGUGAGGGAUCCAGAGCCGGCCCAAGUCACAAGGGAAUCAAGCGGCAGCGUAGUCUCAAAACCGUCAGGGGCAGCCCCAAUAAUGCUUUCAUUUUCAGAGUGAACACAGGUCUUAUAAUUCAUUUUUGAAUAUUAAGAAUUAGUUUGGUUUUAUUUUUGCUCAGUUUCAGAAUAUUGUUUUUAAAAUACAAUUUUAAAUUUAAGCAAUAUUUUAAUUUCAUGAGGAAUUAAUUGGAUUGUUUUAUUUCAGUUGAGUCAAAUUAGGAAAUGUUCCAAUUCAGUGGUGUCCAAACUUUCGGCCAUGAAGGCCAAAAUAGUCAAGGUAGAAGUACUGGCAGGCCCUGACAAUUUUUUUCACUUGCUCAACAAUAAACUAUUAAAAGAAUAUUUAAAUGAUAUGAAAGUCACAUUUUUGUUAAAAAAGGAUCAUCGUGAAAUUAUCUCAGUUUUUCAGCUGCAAGAACAGGGUCUGGGUCCCUCCUGCUU